AUGAAACCUGCGCGAAGGCGCCUGGCCAAAAGAAUAACCAGCUUUUACAAAAAUGUCAGCGCAAAUACCCCCCAUUUCGCCACCAAUUUGCUGCUUUACCACUUCGACCGCGACUUGAUAGUCACCCUUGUGCAGACAUAUAAGAGGCUACUGAAAAAGUAUGAGCAGGAGAAGACACGAUUCCACGAGGAAUACUUGCUAAUUUUUAAUUAUAUAAUUUUUUCCCACGUGGGUGAAAGUCAGUUCGUUGAGCAACUCAAACGAUUAUAUGCACACGUGCACUACUGGAGGUGUCUCAUGCAGCUAAACGUGAGAUGCAGGCGUAGCUGGAAAGUAAGCAAGUCGGCAAGUGAAGAAAAAAAUAUCUAUGAAGGAAUUUACAAAAAUAUUUACUACUUAUUCAAACGUAUGAACCGAAUGCAUUUUGAAAAUAUUCAAAUGAUAAACAGAAAAAAGCAGCAGCUCUCCAUAACUCAUAACUGCGAAAUGGAGGAUCUUAUAAGUGCAACUAAGGUGAGCAGAGUGGAUAAUUCCGAGGGCACGAAGCAAAUUAAUGACCUCGUGUUUAAGCAUAUAGCUGAGAAGGAGGCUCUGUGUAGACACGCGGAACAUGAGGUGAAGGUCAUGCAGCUUGUGAACUUGAAAGAAUACAAGGAACAUAUUUUCUACAUAUUUAACAUCAUACAGAGGGAGCGGAACGUCCUCUCUUUACCUCCUCUACCAGUAGACGAAUUGGAGGAAGUAGAUGCAGGCGUGGUUGAGAAAUCAGUACGGGUUCAGUCCAAUGGGUUCUGCUCCUCCACACAUAAGGGACGGCAUUUCUAUUUUGCAUGUAUAGUAAAAUAUUUCCACCUCUUUUAUUUGUAUAAGUUGAUUAAAAGUAAUGUAAAAGUAAUGAGCUACCUACACCUCUGCGUUAGGCACUCCUUGUGCGAUACGCUACGAGUGUCUGUAAUUUUCAGCCUCGGCGAAGUGGAAGACCUUUUUCAACGCCAUAGCAAGAACAAUGGGGAGUUUAAGGGAAGCCUCUAUGGUUUGUUAAGUCAGAUGCGCGGCGAGCAUUGCGUGUGCACGGUUGGGCGGGAGAGGGCACCAGGCCACUAUGCCGCCGAGCGUUGUGCGGCCGACCAUUGUGCAGACCACUGUGCAGGCCACUUUGCCGCCGCCCACUGCGCUGACCGCUGCUUCCACCAGGGAACGAAUCCAAUAACCAAACGGGGGGCACGUGAAGGCCCCCCCUUGAAGGAGGCAGACAGAACGAAUGACACCCCGGUGUGGAUGCUCGCCCAGUCCAAGUACUUCGACGCCAAGGGGCAGUUUAGAAGUAAACUCGGAGCAGCAGCGGAAGAGAAGGCCCACUUCAACAAAAACUACGACAGUACGAACAAGUACUUCCGAGAUGACUCCAUCCAGUUUGUCCUACAAGAGAAUGCUUGCUCUAAGGAGGAGUCUCAUGCACAUUUGAACAAAAUAAGCCUAAGGGAGAAGGCACUAAACGGCCUCGUCCUCUACUUGGGUGAAGAUAGCAACGAAUUUUGCAAAGAAAAUGUGUACCAAAAUAUUUUCAACAUCAGUAUGAACAAGACCGAUUUUGUUUUUCCCACGUUGAAGGAGCAGCUGGAUAUGUUUCACCAAUUUGUAAGUGGUCAGGGACAAGUGCAACGGAGGGGAGAAACUAGACAGAGGUUCCCCCCUGUGAUGGGAACCCAGUUGCGAUGCGGAAACAUCAUCAUAACGAGACACACGAAUUUGAAAAUCGGAAUGGGUAAGGGUACACCUAAGGGAGAAGGAAAAAAAAAAAAAAAAAACGAAGGAUCAACUUACGAUAUGACAAGGAUUAAAAAUGACGCAAAUGAAUUGUUCAGUUUGGAUAGAAUUAACAAGAGUAGCCUCCCUUCGUCCAUCAUGCCAAUAUAUGAACAGCUGAAAAAAAAUAGCCACUACUACUUUAUGAAUAAGGAAGGGAGAGAAAAGUCCGUUCAGUCGCAUGCGAAGGAAAAUAACAUUUUGGACCUGUGUAGAAACUAUCACGUCUCCUCGCUGACGUGCCCCUUGCCCUACGUGCACAACGUCGUUUAUAAGAACAAGCGCCCCUUUGUGUAUGCCUUUAUGUAUUCCGUCAUUUUCAGUCUUCUGAAUUAUAUCAAGUGUACGCAGUCGUGUGGCAAGCAGGUGCGCGUGCUGCAUUUUGUGUUCCCCAAUUUGGCGUUUCGCGAGGGGGGAGUAGCGACGGGGGGCACAGCAGCGGGGGGAGUAGCGGUGGAUAGCUCCAAGGAGAAGAAGACCCCCCCCAUUGAGGGGUCCACUCUGCAUCGAAGCACCAAUUUGGACAGACUUCCCGAGGAACGCAUGUCAAGCAUGGCCUCCUUCAUUUAUCGUGUUGUCACCGACAUGCGGGAGAAGUACACGCUGGUUGAGAGCAUCUAA